AUGCUUCUGGAGGCUGCACGACGUGCUGGGGUUCAGCGGUUCAUCCCCUCAGCUUUCGGCUUCGACGCAGACAAGCUGCCGCCGGGGGUGCACCAUGUGUGGGAUGCUAAAAGGGACUUGAUCAGUGCCCUGUUUGCCAGCGGCCUUGAUUACACAAUCAUCAACGCAGGAGUCUUCUUCGAGACCUUCUUCACGCCGUUUUUCAACUUUGACCCCCAGAACAAACAGGCAAGCCCCCAUUUGUCCGUCAUCUUUCUGCUUUGCGGGGAGUUGUUCCAUGUGGUGCUGCAGGGUUUUGACAGCCCGUCGCCCAGGUUCGAUGCGCAGGAAGGCUGCUGGUUUGACUUCAAAGAGUGCGUCCAGUACAUUAUUUCCCAGGGCUGGGCCACAGUUGACAACCCCUGGAAUGUCGCCCGCGGCGAGCGCUCACUGUGCAUGCAGGAGCUUGCUGGACGAGCCAUGACUUGCCGCCUGCCUGCGCUCGCAUAUCUGGCCCUGGGCGAAGACAAGACAAUGCACAGCCCAUCCCACCAGCGGCUGGUGCGCAGCACAAAUGCAAUCCAUGUAGAGAGCGUCCUGAACGACGACUUUCCCUGGCCCCUACUCGCUGCAAAUUGCGGCUGA